ACUGUGGCAGGCGAGCUCAAUGAAGGAUCAGUGCCUCCAUACUACAGGGAGGUGUAUGAGGCCAUCCGGAGUAAGAUAGAGGAACGAGUGCAGGUGGAGGUCUUCCAGAGGUUGCUCAGCAGAACAGAUCUCCCCAGUGCUGUGCAGGGCCAGAUUGCUGAGCAUGUUGACUACACUGAUGGAUUCUUAAGCAAGUUGUCCCUAUAUAAAGCACUGGUGUUGAUCGCGCUUGCUCAGCAAGGAAAGCAACCAAGCCCGAAACUCUUAGAGAACUGCAUACAAGAGUUCCCUAAGCCCCAACUUGGCGAGUUCAAGGUCCUCCAGACUCUGAGGAUGCAGCCAACUCAGGAGAGCCCCCUCACGGUGCCCCAGACCCUGGGCAAGCUGCUUGCCAGGGAGACAGUCCAGGUGGAGCUAAUUCCUGAAAAGAAGGGUCUGUUCCUCAAACACGUGGAGUACCAGAUCACUAGCCAGCAUUUUAAGAUCUCUGUUUACCGGCGGUACACUGAUUUCGAUGUCUUCCACGAGCUAUUGCUGCAGAGGUUUGCCUACAGAAUGGUGCCUGCACUGCCGCCUAAGAGAAUGCUGAAAGGAGUCCUGACCUCCAUGUCUGAGAGGGACUUUAUAGAGGGAAGGCGGCGUGCUCUGGGCCGGUUCAUCAACUUAGUGGCACGACACCCCUUCUUCUCUGAGGACGAACUGGUCAAGACCUUUCUCACCUUCAACGGCUCGGAUGUUCAAGUGAAAAUGCGUGAUGCUUGCAAGAAAAUGGGAGAUGAAUUCAUGACUAAUACAAUGGCAACUCUGGCAAAGGAUUAUCUCCCAGCUGAUAUCCAGGCCCAGUUUUCAUCAAGCAGAGAACUGAUCAGGAAUAUCCACAACAGCUUUCACAAGCUGCGGGACCGGGCAGAAAAGAUGGCAGAGCGCUCCAAGGAAAACGCCACUGAUUUGCUAAUGUUUGGAAGGGAGCUCAGUACACUGGGCUCAGAUGGUUCACCCAUUCCCUCUCUGGCUUCAUCCAAAAGCACCUGGGGCAUUCUCCGUCAGUCUCUGAAAGGCCUUUCCGUGGAGUUUGCUCUGCUAGCCGACAAAGGUGCUCAGCAGGGGAGGAGAGAAGAGGACGAUGUUGUGGAAAAACUGAAUCUAUUCUUGGAUUUGCUGCAAUCAUACAGAGAUCUGUGUGAGCGGCAUGAGAAAGGAGUAUUGCACGAGCACCAGAGAGCGCUGCAGAAGUACGGUAUGAUGAAGAGGCAGAUGAUGAGUGCCACAGUGCAGCCCAAAGAGCAGGUGUCAGUGGAGCAACUGGAGUCUCGCAUUGUGCAGCAGGAGAACGCCAUUCAGACCAUGGAACUGCGGAACUACUUCUCCCUGUUCUGCCUUCACCAAGAGACUCAGCUCAUCUUCACAUACCUGCCCAUCACCUCUCACAUCCUGGGAGCCUUCGUCAACUCACAGGUCCAAGGUCACCAAGAGAUGGGUGCCGUGUGGAAUGAUCUCCAGCAGAAGCUUGGGUGUCUCUUCGGUGUCGAUGAAAUGCAAUCCCCUCCUCUUACACCCAAGUAGACACCCAUGUCCCCUUCUCUCUCAACGAGCGACGAAUAUGCUGCUUUGCAAGCCAAGAGACAGUCAAAGUCUCAGAAGGGACUGAUGGUGAACUGUUUUCAUAAAACCUUGAAAGACACUACAAACUGUGCCUUAAGUAUCAAUCAGUGGUGAGUAAAUGUAGUUUACUCACUUAUUUCUUUGUGGGACAGUUUAUCCAUCUUUUGCGGAAAAAUGCAUUGAAGUUUAGGGAGCGCUACUUUUUUCUCUGCUACCCGGCUAUCAGUUUACCCACUUUUUUUUUUUUUUACCACUAUAUCACUGAUUUCAAUGAAUGGAUGUGGUCUGCACCUCGAGAUAUAUUAUACUGUGUGUGCAUCCUCAAUAGGGAUGUCAGAGGUUGAUCAGUCAAAGGAGCUCAUUGGGAAGUGGAAGAGUGCUUUGAAGAAUGUGAACUGCUGCAUUGCUGUAUGAGGAGAGGAAAAUAUUGAUUUCAUAAUUGAUAUAUAGGGAACAUUUUGUUGAAAAGCUGGACCUUUCUGUGUUAUUUUGUAGCUCACUGCCUUUACCAUAUGAGGGACUUCUUACCUACACUUCUUGGAGGAUCAUUGGCCUAUGUUGACGUAUAAUGUAGUGUCUUAUUGCAGGCAGACAAAUUUAAGAAUGUAAGAAUCCACAAAUUAAGCUGAUUGAAGAUGUUGCCACACAGAGACGAUAGGUUUCCUUGCCGCAGCCAGGUGGUGGCAAUAUAACCUUUUGUGUUUAAAAUGACUAACGUAAAUGUUUAGAAAGGCUUUGCCCUGAUUAGAAUCUAAUUUCUGAUAAAGACAGGCAAACCAAUAUAUAUUAAAGUAAAUGUAGUAGCAGCAUGCUAUUCAGUGAUUUGUUGGGAAGUACAACAUAAGUAUUAAUCAUCCUACUGACCACACUUGUGCAACUGGGCUUGCUAGCUUGUUGUGUUCAUGCAAAGGACUUCAGAUUCCUCGCUUCAAUCGAAUCUUAGUUGCAGUACUGUGAAAAGCUACUUCAGUUUCUACGCAUGAGCCGAGCAAGCUAUCAAGAGGAAGUUUGUCAAUGUAAAUAAUGAUUUAUGGCUGAUAUAACACUCCACCUGACCAAUGGUGAACAUACCAAUGUCACAGUCAUUAGUGCAAUUAUGAAGUAAUUAUCCUGUAAUAUUUUAUUUCAGGUAGAAAUUAAAUGUGCUCUGUGUUAACGCUUCUGACAUGUUUGCAAUGUUUCAGUUUGAAUUGAGCUGCAAUGGUGGUUCAGUGUUAACUUAAUGUAGAUUUGAAGAAAACUAUAUUUAAUCUUUUUCAAUAAUAUACCCAAUGAUUUGUCCUCUUAUUCAACAGUAUACAUUGAUUCCAUGUCUAAAGCAUAAGAUUAUGUUGGUAAAGUUUCUCAUUAUUUGAUCUGAUG